GAGUGGCAACUUCCUUUGAUUCCAGAUUCAUUUUCCUGCCAGCUGGUCGUGUCAGGAACUCCCUCGAGUGUUUGUGUCAUACUGCCGCUGCAGAAAUGGACCAUGAUGGCAUCUCCGCACUGUCAUCAGUGCACGCGGCCUCCACAAGCCUCGCCGAACUGGAAGCCGAGAAGGCGAGACUGAAGACCCGCCUGGAGGAGACCCGAGAAGCCCUCGUGUGCCGGGUGUGCCUGGACCGCCCCGUGGCAGCCGUCUUCAUGCCCUGCGCCCACCUCAGCACGUGCCACUCCUGCUCCGCCUCCCUCACCAUGUGCCCGCUCUGCCGGACGCCCAUACACUACGCUGCCGCCGUCAUCAUCGACUGACGGGGCGUGACGGGGCUUCCUCGGGUUGUACGGUCGCUCCUCCUCUGGAUUCGCACAGGCGGCGGAGAGAAAAGAAUCUGGGCGGCAUUUCCUAAUCUAUGAGGCGGUCGAAGGGAUUAAUUUAAUACAUGUGUCUAUUAAAGGCAUCAAGUCUUAUAUGGUCGAAGGGAUUUAAUACGUCAUGUGUCUAUUAAAGGCAUCAAGUCUCAUAUAGAUGUCUUCUCGGUUAUGUAAUCAACUAUUUCUGAGGAGUAAUUGACAAUUUAUAUUUAUGUACAUUAUACAUAUACUGUUUUGUGUGUGUGGUUAAAUCCGUUGUGUGCACAUGUGAAAGCAACUCGUAAGUUUUUAUUCAAACAAAUAACAGAAGAUAAACGUUUUAUUUAUAAUAUGAUUUAGGACUAUAUCUGCAAGAUAAUAGUCUCUUAUGGCAUCGUUAUCAGAGAUAUGUUGAAUGUAUUUUGAUAUAUUUUCAUACGUUUAAAUCGAAUAAAUUUACGCUUACGGCUUUCAAUCCAGUGACAGUCUUCGCAUGUUAAAAAAAAUAUAUCUGUACUGAUAUCACAUCCUACUUUUGAUAAUGUAAUUUGGAUAAGAUACAAUCGUGUUUUUUUUUAAAGAUCUGAUAACGUGAUAUACUUACCAGAUAUCAUUUAUCGUCUCGACUCAAUCCUUUCUUUUUUAUUAACAAUCACGAAGAUAAGAAAUAUAUACAUAUAAGCAUGACAAACUGAAAACAAACAAGCAAGCAGACACAAAGCCACAAACCAAACACUUUUUAUUGGAAACAUCAUAAUACACAACAAAUGCAACUGUAAAGAAUGGCGUCAUGAUUGAAAAAAAAAAAAAAAA